GGAGUGGACAGGUAGCCUAGAUUUCUGCCUCUAGAUGAGAUUAUAAAUAAAUGAUGCAAGCAGAAAAGUUGUUGAUCAAAAAGAUCAUCUAGUAAUCAUCUGUCUUCCAAUUACUUAACUCAGUAUAGUUUUGUAAUUACUCUGAAGAGGCCGUAGGACUAGGCAUUCUGGAGGUUACAAAAAUGCAUGCUAGGAAGUUCCUGCCUUCCAAGGAUCUUUCUUCAAGUCUACGUAAGUACGGUUAAAUUCUUAUUAACCUUUUUUUUUUUUUUUUGGAAUGAAGUAGCUUUAAAAUUAAAUGCUCAUUGUCUCCUAAAGAUGUUUCACAAAGUCUAUGUAAGUCUUUGAUUUUAAUGUCAAAUUUGAGGGUCUACUUAUUAAUCUUUUAUGUGAUUGAGAACUCCAUCUUUGACAUCAUAGCUGUUUCAUAGCAACCUUGACCUAAGUGAAUGAUGAGCGCUGUUCUGUAGGGUAAAGGGAGUAGGCCAAGAGUCAGGGAGCAUCAUGCAUCUUCUCACUCAAAAUAUAUCUUCGGUAUCCUUGGGAAGGAAGAGUGCCUAAAAAGGGGAGAGGAGCUGCCUUUAACAUAACGUUAAACAUUCUGAUUUGAAAUGGUCAUCUUGGCCCUUGUCUUUAUGAACUUCCAUUUCUAUUUAAAAUUCCUUACACAUUGAACAGUGUUUCACACUUUACAAAGUGUUCUCAUGUACAGUAUAUCAUUCGAUGCUCUAAGUGACCUUCCUCAGGUAGGCAAGGAGGUCUGAAGUUACAAAGGAAGAAACAGAAAUUCAGGAAGGGAUAUCUCAUGUCAAAGGAAUCAAGUUAUGAUUUGUAGAGGAUUCAGCUGGAAUAGCUUGUGGGUGCUGGCUAAGGGUGGCAAAAUGCCUGCUGAGACAUGAAGAUUUUGGCCACUAGUUUUGCCCUUGGGAGCCUGGGGUUGGCCUUCUACCUGCCUUUGGUGGUGACUACACCUAAAACACUGGCCAUCCCUGAGAAGCUGCAGGAAGCUGUGGGGAAAGUUAUCAUCAGUGCUACAACCUGUACGGUCACCUGUGGCCUUGGCUAUAAGGAGGAGACCGUCUGUGAGGUGGGCCCUGAUGGAGUGAGAAGGAAAUGUCAGACUCAGCGCUUGGAAUGUCUCACCAACUGGAUCUGUGGGAUGCUCCAUUUCACCAUUCUCAUUGGCAAGGAAUUUGAGCUUAGCUGUCUGAGUUCAGACGUCCUGGAGAUUGGACAGGAAGCUUUCCGGUUCACCUGGAGACUUGCUCGAGGUAUCAUCUCCACUGACGACGAGGUCUUCAAACCCUUCCGAGCCAACUCUCACUUCGUGAAGUUUAAAUAUGCUCAGGAGUAUGACUCUGGGACAUACCGAUGUGAUGUGCAGCUGUUAAAAAACUUGAGACUUGUCAAGAGGCUCUAUUUUGGGCUGAGGGUUCUUCCUCCUAACUUGGUGAACCUGAAUUUCCAUCAGUCACUUACUGAAGAUCAGAAGUUAGUAGAUGAGGGAUUGGAAGUUAAUCUGGACAGCUACUCCAAGCCUCACCACCCAAAGUGGAAAAAGAAGGUGGCGUCAGCCUUGGGGAUAGGAAUUGCCAGUGGAGUGGUUGGUGGUGUGUUGGUGAGGAUUGUCCUCUGUGUGCUGAGGGGGGGCCUGCAGCAGUGAUAGCCUCAAGAACUUGACAGCCUUGCUCCUGAAGAUCUGGCUGCCCAGGAAGCCAAGCUAGCUUUUUAGGGGAGUGUUCUGGCUGCUGGUAGUGGAUCAGCUUAGAGGGAAGGCUCCCAUAGCCAAAAGAAUGAGUGGAAGAAAUGGAGGGGACAACCUCCUGGGAGCUAUGGGCAGUAAUCUUAACUUCCUUAUGUCCCAUGGAUCUCUUCCUGAUCUUCCCUGCCCAUUGGGUGCCCAGGAAACUGCAAGCAUUGCCUGUGUUCCCAAGAGUUCAAAGAAGCUUGCAUUCAUUUUCUACCCUUUAUAACCUGGAUUCCUCCCCGCCUCCAUUUCCCCUCUUCUGAGCUGUGUAUUCAUGUAGAGGGAUGUAUUUAGAUUUUCUAAUGAACAUUUUUUUCUUCAAUAAAAGUAAUUUCACGGUA